AUGUCCUGCACGAAUUUGCAACAUAAAGCCGAAAGGGCUUCCUUCUCUCCGUUGCCAUCAACAACCAAUGAAUCCAUGUCUGAUACAAAGUCUCUAAUCACCAGAAACAUCUGGGAAUCAUUUGUUAAAGUGGAAAUCACGUUGGAUAUUCCACACAUGGUACACGAGACGUACUACGGUACACUUCACCGAAACUCUUAUUUACCGCUUCAGUUUUCCAAGCUCUACGAGUACUUCAAGUACUGCCUUGAUGAAACCCACCUAUCAAACUUUGACCAGUGGUGGAUAGAACAUGAUCUGAUACCUUUGAAAUGGCACUUGCCUAUCGGCCUCAUCUACGAUAUCUGCCUGCCACAGCGCACCGGUACAUGGCACCUCAGUCUCCGGGUGGACAAGUUUCCCGCAGACUCAAUUAUCCCGUACCAGAAUCUUGAGCACGGAACAGAAAUUUGGACAAAAGCAGUGGAAAAUAUUUGGUUGAAUCAGAUCAAGGAAUCGUGCUUUGUUCAGUGCGGCUCCGCCAAGCCCAUCAUGAGUUUGUCCAAAGAAGACUCUACCGCCUUCUGGGAGGCCGUCACAGCGCAUAACCUCGAUGGUUACAAGGCGAUUGAGAAGAAAAUCACCCCUUCUUUGUCCAAUAUAAGAAACAUUCCCCUCAAGCUCUACAUACAGCAGGCAAACGACGUUAUAGAUAUCGAGGAAGACAUAGAAGUUAUCCAAGCGCCUGUUUCACCCUUUCAGAGUAGUGGGGCCAGUCAGACAAUGUUCUCCGCGCUAGCCUCAGUCAUACCGGAGCUAUUUCCCCGCCAUGACCCCCCUAGAUACACGUUCGCGGUGCCCUCUAUCCACGCUGCUAUCAUCCCAGAAGAUGCUAUACUCGCCGAGCUCUAUUCUGUAGGGAGUUAUCUCGAUGGUUUUUUGCACAUCUUGAUAGAAGGGGAGAAAACCAUAGACAGGAGGGAGGAAGGGGGAGAAAUAAAUUAA